AUGGUAAUUAAUGAUAGUGAUAGUGAUAGUGAUAAAAUGGGAUCUCUGUUUAAAGACAGUGGUAUAUGGAGAUGCAAGGACGGGGACGUGGCUAGCAGUUGGGUGGUAGCAGUUGUUUUUCUGCUCUUUGUUGUUGGAAGUUCGCUUCGUUUCUCUGGGAUAGACGGUAAGCGUAGCGUAAUAUGGGAUGAAACGCAUUUUUGCAAGUUUGGUUCUUACUAUCUGAAGCAUGAAUUCUAUCAUGAUGUGCAUCCUCCGCUGGGUAAGAUGUUGAUUGGGUUGAGUGAGUGGUUGGCUGGUUUUCAGAAUUCGGAAGGGUUUGCUGAUUUUUCGUUCAAUGCGGGUGCGGAGUAUGGGAAAGACGUGAAUUUGGUGAUGAUGAGAGGCUUCCAUUCGGUGGUUAGUGGUCUGUGUAUACCGCUGGUGUUUCUGAGCGGGUGUGCGUUGAAUUUCAGCACGGAGACAGCGUUGCUGGUUACGGUGAUGGUGGCGUUGGACCAUUCGUACAUUGUUUUGUCCAAGUUCGUUCUGUUGGACUCGAUGUUGUUGUUUUUCACUGCGACGACGUUUUAUUGUCUGCUGCGUGUGCAUUCGUUGCGGGAUGGGAAGUCGGCGGGCAUUGGUGGUGUGCGUCGGCUCGGCUGGCUGCUGCUGUGUGGGGUGUCCAUAGGGUGUGUUUGCUCUGUGAAGUGGGUUGGGGUCUUUGUUACAGUUCUUGUGGGGAUCUAUACGUUGGUUGAUCUUUUAUCUCUUGGCCAUGUCUCGCGAAAAAGACGUCUGUUGCAUUGGCUAAUAAGAGGCCUCACUCUAAUAGUGGUCCCACUUUCUAUGUACGCGUUGUUUUUUAAGAUUCAUUUCGCUUUAUUAUACAAAUCUGGAACCGGAGACUCUAUUGAACACAGCAUUUUCCAAGCGAAUUUGGAAGGGUCUUCGGUGGGCAACUCUCCGAGAGAUAUUCUUUAUGAGUCGUCGAGUGUAACCAUCAGAUCGUACAGUCUGGUUUCCCAUUUGCUCCGGUCCCAGCUAAACACCUAUCCGAAGGACAGUAGUCAUCAUGUAGUGACAGGAAGUGGAUUUUCCGAUGGUGAUAAUGUCUGGGUCUUUCAAUCUACCCCGGAUAAGGAUAACUAUGAUAACGCUGCCGGCGUCGAUAUGGACAAUGAUGACGAUAAUGGUCCGCAUGGGGAAAGAAACACAGGUCGUAUUCGGCAUGGGUCUAUUGUUCGAUUGCUGCACAAUAAUACCAAAAGCCACCUUCAUUCCCGUAAUUUUCCGUCUCAUGUAUCUGACGGAAAUUAUGAAGUGUCCACUUAUGGUGAUGAAUCUACCAUUCAUGGCAACGACAACUGGGUAGUCGAGAUUGUUAGGGUAUUGGAUGCUGCCAAUUCAACCGAAAAGGGAGACCCAGUUGCUCGAGCUGCGCCAGCGCUGCAUCCUGUUUCGACUUGUUUUAGGCUGCGUAACGAGCAACUGGGCUGUUACUUGGCAACCACUGGACUCAUUUAUCCCUCUUGGGGGUUUAACCAGGCCGAGAUCGUCUGCAAAUACUCCUGGGUGACCCGGGACAAAUCCACCUGGUGGAAUGUCGAGGACCAUUGGAAUGAAAACUUGGCUGUGGACCACAACUAUACAAUGCCAAAGUCGGAGUUCUGGUUGGAUGUCACUGUGACGAACUUUGCGAUGCUUUCUUUAAACAAUGGGCUUCUGCCGGACCCAGAUAGAUACGACCCUGUGACUAGCAAAGCAUGGACGUGGCCAUUACUUCGGUCAUCCAUACAAUUGUCCAAUGGGGGCAGCUCCGGCAGAAACUAUUUGUUAUUGGGUUCUCCUUUUAAUACUUGGUUAUCUUCCGCCUCGUUGCUCGUGUUCGUACUGAUUUGUUUUAGUUAUCUGAUCAAAUGGAAACGACAACUGGUCACAUUGUCUGAACCGCAGUUUUGGGACUCUGUAAUUAGAGCCCUUUUGCCUUUUCUGGGCUGGCUAUUCCAUUAUUUGCCCUUUGUCAUGAUGGAUAGAGUCACUUAUACCCAUCAUUACGUCCCGGCGUUGUACUUUGCCAUCCUAACGUUUGGCUUCAGCAUAGACUACCUUUUAGCAUUCCUAUCUCACCGCACUAAGUGUGCAAUGUACGCGUUACUCUUUGCAGGUGCUAUCUACAACUACAUCUUUUUUGAACCGUUCGCACAAGGGUUUACCGGCGAAUCCAACUCCUAUAAACAUCUGAAAUGGCUGAGUUCCUGGGAUAUCAUGUAA